AUGCUCACCUCUGCAGUAGCAUUCGUGACUAGCGUCACGCAUACCAGCAUAGCCGGGCUGACCCCAGGCCAGGGGGCCGAUGAAUAUCGCUCUAAGUGUAGGGCGGCUCUCGAGCAGCAAGGCUUCCCACACCCGGACUCAGGGCCUGACAUCUGUCUGGACUGGGGCGUGGUUCUCGAUCGGGACAUCAGACCUCUUCUGAAAGACAGGAAGCCUGGGAUCGCGUCACAAGUCAAAGACGCUGAGGAUCUCACACUUCGCCAAGUCCGGCAGCUCCUCGACGAACAGCAAGAGUUCUGUGAUCUAUUCCGAGUGUUGGAUGAGAAACUAUGUGUGAGGAGGGACAUGAUCAGUGAACAGUGA